UAAAUUCGUGGCUAGCGCACAGCGAUAAAAAUUGUACGGAGUUAUUUAUUUCAGUAUUUUGUAAAGCUCAUUAUUAGUGUGAUUUUUUUGAAGAACAACAGCAACGCCCAUGUUGGUAAUAGCUCUAAUAAUGGCUGUUUCCUGGUGUGUGUUGCCUAGCCUACGGCCAUUUCCGAAUCAAAUCAAAGAUGGCGGCCUAUCGGCUACCUGGAUAGGAAACGCAAUCACAACUCGGGAAACGGGUUGAAAAUCUUUUUUUCCUUUUUCUUUUUCUUUUUUUUUAUUUUUAAUCCAGACGAUAAGAAAAGUCUUUGAGGUUUCUGGAAAUACGGUCAGAACAACGCAAAUAUGUCCUCAUGGUCCACUAGCUGUCCGUUCUGUGUGUGCGCUGGAAAAAAAUCCGGUGUUCCUACACAUCGGUGGCUCUGGGAAACAAACAAAGAAAGUGUCUCGGACCGAGCAGCGCAACACUACUCCACCCAGUCAUCAACAGGAUGCCUUCGAGCUUGUGCACAGGACAGGGGAAAGAAGAACAGGGGAGAUGGGGGAAAGGGGGCAGUUGGAGCGAGAGACGGUAAAUCUGACACAUACAAAUGUGCUGAACGCCACGACGUGAUCGCAUUUUCAACAUGGAGAGAAGGCCGAGAAACAGCCGAAGAGGAGAAGGUCAGAAGAAAUAAACUUAAGAAGAAGUGCUGUGAUCAGGCAAGGGCGAAGAGCUGCAUUAACAUAAGUGAGGCUUUCCAACAGUGGAGAGACCUCAGAGAGUUGAAAGACAUGAAGACACAUGCAGAGGUUGCUCUGUUCCUACUUGACAGAUCCCCCAGUGAACAGAAAAAGUCCCGGAGCCUCUGGCCAAACCUAUCCUCCCGUAGCCUUUCCCUUCCCGGCUCUCAGCGAGCCCUUCCUCCCGGUGGCUCCCCCGUGUAGUCGCGAUGUAGUUCUUAUCAAAGCCCUCCUGUCUUGUUGUGACAGCUCUGAUAUUGUUUAUUGAGGUGGAUGUCAGCUUUAAUUAGCAAUCGAUACGGGGAGCGUUUGCAGAGCGCGUCUCUGACGUCAGAGCCCAUUACCGCUUCUCAUUGGGUCUCAUAUUCCCCGAGCCUGGGCUAAUUAUUGGGAGGUUCAUGUGGAUAAAGUACAGCUCAUCCCUCCCUUCACAUCAUGUCCCCUGCUCGUUGGCCACACUCGCUGCAUGCUUUUUAAAUUCCCAUCACCGGCCUCCAGACGUCGUUUCCUUUUGCCUGCGGGAUGAUGGACAGCAGGAUACUGGAUCCACCUCACGCCCAGUUCGGAGGCUCUCUCGGCGGGAUGGUGGGCUUCCCGUACCACCUGAGCCACCAUCACGUUUACGAAUUAGCCGGGCAUCAACUCCAAUCUGCGUCCGCGGUUCCUUUCUCAAUAGACGGAUUACUUAAUGGUUCCUGCACGGCUUCAGUGGGCAAUUCCAACCCCCUCUUGUCUUCGGGCUGCGGCAUGAAUGGAGAUAACCAGCAGUACAAACUGACAGACUCGGUGGACCCAGACAAAGAUAGCCCUGGUUGCAAGAGACGAAGAACUCGCACAAAUUUCACUGGUUGGCAGCUGGAGGAAUUAGAAAAGGCUUUUAAUGAGAGCCACUAUCCCGACGUGUUCAUGAGGGAGGCACUGGCCCUCCGAUUGGACUUGAUAGAAUCAAGGGUUCAGGUAUGGUUUCAAAAUCGCAGAGCCAAAUGGAGGAAAAAGGAGAACACAAAGAAAGGCCCAGGUCGACCUGCUCACAACGCCCACCCCACCACCUGCAGCGGAGAGCCCAUGGACCCGGAGGAGAUCGCCCGGAGAGAGCUGGACAGGCUGGAGAAGAAGAAGCGAAAGCAGGAGCGCCGGCUGCUCAAGUCCCAGAACAAGCUGGCUUCUGGGGAUUUAUUUCACACCCCGGGAUCGGACAGCGACAGCGGGGUGUCGCAUGUGACCGACAGUGACCACAACACAGGCCCGCCUUUUGACUCUGUGGGGGGGAGCCAAACGCAGUCGAGCUGCGACCAAACCCCUCACUCUCUCCAGACCCCAAACCCGAACCAAAGAACCUUCGACCGGGAUGCUGGCGGAUCCGAGCUGGACUCGCCCGAAGCCAGCCACCGGACAAGCUUGUGCCCCAACAAUAACAGAGCCUCCAGCCUGCAGAAACUCAACCCUUUUAGCGUCGAAAGCCUUCUUUCGGACUCCAGACCGAGACGCAACCAAGCGGCCUUACCCUCCUCACGGCCUUUGAUAGGGAAAGGACACUUCCUGCUCUAUCCCAUCACACAGCCGCUUGGAUUCAUUGUUCCUCAAACUGCUCUGAAGACGACAGCGGCAGCAGCAGCGGCAGCAGCAGCAGCAGCAGCGAACUCUGACAGUGACGCCCCGGCGGAGAGAAACCAGCCCAGUGGCCGCUGCAGCUUCUCGGCGAGCGCUGCGGGAUGUAGGAGCAGCUCGCCGGACUCUGCGGACGCCACACAAACGGGGCAGGCGGGGUCAGAGGACAAGACGAGUUCACCGCACACCAGCCCGCCCGGGGCCGCCUUUCCCACUGGCAAAAGUACUCAGACCUCUGUUAUUUGCAGCGAUUCGACUUUCGCCCACGAACACGGUCCACCCCUCGUUCAGCCUGUCGAUGCAGACAGAAAAGAGCAUUUAGAGAACAAGGACCACCCAGACCAGCCCGAGUCUGUCCUCAGUGACAGUCCAGCAGAAACAAAGACAGACUCUAAAGAAGAUGUCGACAUGGAAUAAGUCCCUGGGGGUAAAAAAAAAAAAAAAAGAGAAAGAAACAUACUUAUAUAGCCUCUAAAAGACACCUUUCAAUAGGCCAAAGCUUAACCAGAAACUACAUCUUUGCAUCUAAUAUCUAGGUUUUCCCCACUCUGCUGAUAUUUUGACAACGGUGUGCCCCCCCCCCCCUUUGCGUGUGUGUGUGUGUGUGUGUGUGUGUGUGUG